UCUUCAUCUUUUUGACAAUGGGCUUAACAUAUGUACCCUAUAGAGAUGUGAACCAAUUCUUCUGGCGUCACGUACCGAUUGUUGGCAAAUACAUGGCCACAGGGGACUUAAAGACUGAUCAACUCUAUGGAUACAGCUUGUUUUCCCAAAGCUUUUUGAAUGUGAAUUUCAUCAUUAAUGGCUUUGUGCUAAUGCCAGCCUUUGUGCAGCAGCGUCGACUUGGAUUUUUACUAACCAUAUGGAAUUUCUUGUUGUUUCAUGUUAUAAUGGCUAUGCAGGCUAUUGGUCUAUGGUCACUCAAAGAAAAGAUCGGUCUAUACUAUAUUAUUUUAAUCACGUGUGGACUUGUGUCUUUGAACGCAUUUCACUUGCGGCUCAUCACAAAACAUAAACUCGGCUUUUCACACUCUACGCAAAAGGCAGCUGUGGAAGAAGUGAUGACUGAACCCAUUGAUUAGAGGGGCGAUGGGGUUUUGCCGUGAAUUAUUGUGUGUCCACUUAACUGGGUCGUUCUGCCCACACACACACACACACACACACACACACACACACAGACACACAAAUCACUCAAAGGCUUAGUCUGUAACCUUCGGCACCACACAGUUACACUACACUACACUCCAAACACUACGCACCAAACUACAACUACAAAUUCUAGGUCGUUUGGUUCAACUAAUAAAUAUGCCAAAAAUACGAAUCUUACUCGAACACCAACCACACACACACACACACACACACAAUGGCAUACGGACAUAUAUAAAUGAAUCGCAGCUGAGGGCAACGAAAACUCUGGAAUAAAACCAUUAAAUAUUUGCGGUUAAACGCACCAAAAACAA